GCUCAGAGCCAUGCCAUCAGCAGCCCCUUCAUUCGGUCAAGACAACAAAGCAACUUUGCCAAGAUGGCCUGGAGACAUAGUGCAUCCUAUAAUUUAUAGCGACUAUGCGCAUCUUUUAAUUAGUGUUUCCUGCGAUCAAGAAAUUCCCUGCUCGCCUCCGCCGUGCACAAGAAGAAUCGUUCGGGUCGCUCCGUCCACGGCUGCCUCCAGGGCGCUGUUGCGGAGCAGGCUGCAGCAGCCUGUUGGGCGCUGACACGCCACGCAUGUAUCGUCAUGGAGGGACAAAUAGCAAGCAGCACUCUCGAACAUGCGUCUCAAUGUCCUUCUGCGACCCCCCUGACAGCAGCCCAACUCCAUGCCCUUCUCGACAUUCUUACCCAUCACCAGACCUAUGCAGAGGUGGAAAGUUUCAAAGACCCUGGUACCAUCUCCGAAUAUGGAUACCCGUUUACCCGCCAUCACCAGCAGCCCAGCAGCGGCCCGUCAUACGCAAGGGACUCAGUAUCAACUCCACUGCUUGCCGGCGUGCUCCGAAGCAUCGUUCUCCCUCUCCCAGGUAUUCGGAACCUUCCUCCAGAGUUUUGGCAUGUUCAAUUCCAGAGCAUCUUGGAAAAGCUUGCCGAAGCAGAGCUCUCGGAAUCCUACGAUAAAGGUGUACUGGGUACGAGGAAGACCCUAGCCACCGCAGCCUCGGCUCUUCACGAGGCCGUGUCGAGGGGUAUUCUUGGGGGCGUCUCAGAUGACGCAGGUCGAAACUUUUACGGGGAAUAUGACAGGUCCAAAGCUACUGAUCUUGUCCGGGCAUGGGAGGAUGGUGUGCGAGAGCUCGUUUACGGAGAUUUGAUUGAGGAACUGUUCACCUGCGCGGCAGAGAAGCAGAGCCUUGAAGAGCACUCUGCAGGAGUUCGGGCAGCGGCGGACUAUGUCAUAAUCCACCUGGCAACGUUGAUACACCACAUCUUCAUCGUGUCACCAGAGGGCCCAUAUCUACUGAAGCUCUUGGAGAAUGUGCAUAGAUUGUUGCCGUACUCGAUGGUCAAGCACACGCUCCGCAUCGGCAAUGCAGCAACCAUGCUCAAUGGCAUGAUGCGUCUGCUCCUGGCCAAGGUGGGCGUCGGCUCGAUCUUGAAUUGGGUCGGGCUGACCCAGAAUGCCGACGACGGCAUGAACCUUCUUCAAAGAAUCAUUUGGCUUGUCCUCACAUGGGAUGCUUCUGACUUCCGCAAGUCUGCCGAGGCCAUAGAAAAGGCAAAGGGUUGCUCGAAAGAGCAGCUUGCUGCAAUCAGGGAAUACCUCAACAAAUCAAGGGCCGAACACGACGAAAUUCGCAAAGUCAGCGCUCAGAGAAAACGGUCCGUGGUGGAGAUAAUCCUGGAGCGCUCAAACCCAGAGCUCCUAGCCUCCCUUACAGAGACUCAGCAAUCACAGUGUUCCGAGUAUCUUACGGCGUUGCUCGAAGCCCGAGAUCGCGAUGAGAUUAUCAACACCCUGUGUCGUCAGAGUUCUGAUUUCUUUACCCAGGCCAUCAAAGACGCCGUGGCAAGCUUUGAGCCCAUGAUCAGAGCCAUCCAUAUGAAGGUUGAUCUCCAUGAGCACGUAUCCGCAGGAGAGGCGUUCUUAACCGAAUUCAUCAACAUCAGCCGAACAAAGAAGAACACCUCGGGCUUUCUAGGCUCUUUGACGCCCACCAAAGCAGAGACAUCGGAGACCCACAUUGCUUCGGUGGAAGACUACGUCCUUCUCCUCAGAAACAACCGUCACCUUCUCUACAACUGGCUGCACCAACUUGCAAGCCAAUGUCCAGAGGUCUGUGAUGAGUUUCGCGCUUGGGCUAAGGAAACCAUCAAGGUGUUUCGACAACCUGUCAACCCCGAAUACCCCAGGACAGCUCUCAAUACAGAGGAUGACAAUCGCCCAGGGGCCGCCGGUGCUUUAAGCGGGCACCUUCAGCAUCUCUUUGCAACCCUCCCCGCUUCCACGCGAUCGCGUAUCCUUCCCGCCAUCGACGCACACGCGGCUUACCUUUCGGCUCUGGAAGAUCUCUCUCUAAAACGCAUGCAACGUAUCCUAGAUAACACGGUUAGCAUUAACAACACGGCUAUCACCACCAACUCCGCCGCCGCCACAACACCUUCCGCUCCAUCAAACCCUUCCUCAACUGCUACAGCGCCAGCAGCCCCCACAUCCUACCUUAUUCCUUCCCGCUGGUCGCGGCCAGGGCGCUCCACCCCGCGCUCGCCCAGCCCAAACUCGGCUUCCUUGACGUCUCCACCUAACGGCACCAACGCCAGCGAGGCGGAAAGCAAGAAGAGGUCCUUCUCCGGUCCGGGGAUGUACCUUGCCCGCUGGCAGCAACUCCUGGACGACACGGUCAUUGGCCCGGCUAGCUCUAAGAUUUCUGGAGGCACGGGGCUGAGGUCGGGGAGGGAUGUCAAAGGGGUACUGGCGAGAGGCAAGACCGGAUCUGGCGGCGAUGGAACAAAAGCCGAUUCGGAUUCAGGGGGUGUGAGCUGGGAGUUGAGUUUGCUGGGGAAGAUAGGAAAGGAGGGGAUGGGGGUGGAAGAGGAGCCGAGGGCGGUUGAUGUCCGAUGCGUGGUCGAGGCAUUGGGGGAAGGGUUUAAAGCGUUGGUCCGAAGCUUGGUCAAGGGACGGGAUAUGAAUGGUGCUCGAACAAUUCUUUGCCCCCCUCUGUAGAUGCUGAGUCUUCCCUAGUGGCGGGAGGGAUCAAGAGCAGAAGGCAGGGGCCCCGUUUGCCCUUUCCACCCCUCCCGGCCCUCCUCCCUACCCCGGCCAGUUUUCGAGGCACGCAAUCCGGAUCAAGCUUUCGUUGAGCGUGAGAGACCUCUGGAUUGGGUUUUCCUGCAUCAUUCGGGGCGCCAAUCACUACCUAGGAAGUUAGCAUAAUUAAAUAUUAACGGCACUCUCAAAUACUUCUACACCGAUGGUUGUUCUCCCUUGGAGAGAUCUGGUAAGUCGAGGCAUGUAUUGAGUUUCCCCCUGAAAAAAAGGUCACAUCCCAUCUCGUUAGUGGAU